AUUACUCUUACUUCAUUCUUUAACUUGUUCUUUUUCUUUAAUUUUCUUACACACACACACACACUCCCUCUGUUUUUCUGUUUUUCUGUUUUUUUGACUGCUUUGGAAUCUCAGAUCUUUAUAUUCUGCAAUGUGAUUCACUCCUUUUUGCGAAAUUUAAUUUCAGAUCAUUUAAAUUCUAACUAAAGUCUCCAUCUUUUCCCUUAAAUUGCAGGUUUUAUUUAUUGAAUAAGCCAUAGCUAUGGAGUUAGGGGACAACAAGAUUCUGAACGCGGGGUUGCUGCUAGUAGCGACCCUAGUGGUAGCCAAACUCAUAUCAGCAUUAAUUAUGCCCAGAUCUAAGAAGCGGCUGCCUCCAGUGAUCAAAUCCUGGCCAAUUCUCGGUGGGUUGCUUCGAUUCCUCAAAGGCCCAGUGGUUAUGCUGCGGGAGGAGUACCCUAAGCUUGGUAGUGUGUUCACUCUGAAUCUACUGAACAAGAAUAUCACGUUCUUCGUUGGCCCAGAAGUGUCGGCCCAUUUCUUUAAGGCCCCAGAAACCGAUCUCAGUCAACAAGAGGUUUAUCAGUUCAAUGUGCCUACUUUUGGCCCUGGUGUGGUUUUUGACGUUGAUUAUACUAUCAGACAAGAGCAAUUUAGGUUCUUUACUGAAUCUUUGAGGGUAAAUAAAUUGAAGGGAUAUGUGGAUCAGAUGGUCAUGGAAGCUGAG